AAGCUCCCUACUUUCCUCAACAAUGGCGACACCAAACCCCAUUCAUAACAUCAUCUUCUUCAUCUCCUUCAUCGUCGUUGCGGUUGUAACGCCACGUGUCAAUGCACAGUACGCAAGCCAGUUCAUGGUCCCACAGAACGCGGCAAGGGCUCGCCUGAGGCUGAGGCCAUUGGUAUGGGACAAAAGACUGGAACGUUACGCGAUGUGGUGGGCGAACCACAGGCGUGCGGACUGCGAGUUGAUACAUUCGAACGGACCGUACGGAGAGAAUCUGUUCUGGGGAUCGGGGACGAGGUGGUCGCCGGCUCAGGCAGCAAAAGGUUGGCUGUCGGAAGCGAGGAACUAUAAGUACUUUUCAAACGGUUGUGUGGGAGGACAAAUGUGCGGCCACUACACGCAGAUAGUGUGGAAGGAGACGCGGCGAAUAGGAUGCGCACGUGUCCUUUGCAAUGGCGGCGGCGGCGUUUUCAUGAUCUGUAACUAUGAUCCUCCUGGCAACUUCCUUGGUACGAGGCCUUAUUAAGAAAAUGUGCGGCCUUAGUUGUUUGAAAAUUCUCAUGCCAGAGAGUUUUUUUUGUUGCAAUUUAUGUUUUUUUUUCGCUCUGUUUAUCCAAUUGUGGGUUAGAUUACGACCAAAGAAAAAAGAAACUGGAAUUUGGAUCUCCUCCUCCUCCAACGGAGAGAAUUUCAGACAAUGUUUGUUUCUAAACCAGGCUUCUUGGACAUUGUUUCGUAUGCGUGUUUUUUUCUUUCGGAAUAAUAAAAGUAU